AUGAGUCAAUUUCAACUCUUUCCAUCGCCUUCAACAACCAAGGCUUCUAAGAACCCCUUCCGCUUAGAGAAUCAAAGAACUGCGGGCACACAUCCUAUGGGUUCAAUCCCUCUGAAUGAUCUCAACGGCAAAGAUAUCAGGACAGAGGCGCUGCUUUUCCAAAUCGUCGAUGACGCGAAGAGCAUUAAACCCGCGAAGAAAACGAAAACCCCUCGGUCAACGCCUGUAUCCGUACCAGAGACUGUACAGGAACUGAGAACGCCUGAGUCGCUUUUCAGCAAGAGCCCAAAAAACGGCACCACAAAUCAAUGGGGUUCGCCGGCAUAUAAAGUCAGCCAGGUGUCCCCGACGGGGAGCGGCAAAAUUCACAUAGCUACCCAACUAGCUCAGGGAACUUCUGAGGCCUCCAGCUCGCCUGUCAUUCCUAUGAGAUCCAUAUUCCCUCAGUAUAAUCCCGACGUGUCUCUCAGCCAGCAACAGUAUUACCCCCAACUCUCAGCCAAUGCGCGGAAACAUAGGCCCAAGGAGCUCUCCUUCACACCACCACCAGAGAUUGACCGUGCCCUUGGGCCCAAGACCGUCCCUGCAAGUGUAAUGAACUUCCCAGCAGGUGUUCUUGACCAAGUUGAGAUACAAUACUCGUCCAUUACCGAGCUUAGGAGCCUCUGGGAAGCAGCCAAUGGCCAGCGUCCGCAAGACCUCGCAGGAACCUUCAAUUUGCGUGUGGCUCGGUAA